AAGCAGCAAUCUUCUUCUAUUGGGCUAAAAAUGUUAGGGAAUCUGGGCUAGUACACGUGGCAAAUCAGUGAGACGCUUUGAAUCACCCGCGUAGCCGUUGAUGACAAGACACCACAGGAUAAGAAGAGGGAAAAAGGAACGAACAGAAGAGGAGAGCUUUCGAGCAACAAUGGCGUCCGUAACGUCUCCCUUCACCACAACCAACGCCUCUUUCAUUCUCCGACCGAACUCCCAAAAUCACCAGCCUGCUCACCGUUCCUUUCCACUGCCUCCGAGAGCUUGCCUGAACGAAUCCCAAGACCAGCACCGUAUCCAGCUCAACCGGCGGCAGUUCAUUUCACAAACCGCCGCCAUUGUCGCUGCCACAGCUCCUCUCACGCUCAUCGAUCAGAGUCCAGCAGUAGCUGACGAGGCGCUUUCUCAAUGGGAAAGAGUUUACCUCCCCAUCGACCCCGGCGUCGUCCUCCUCGACAUUGCAUUUGUCCCCGAUGACCCAACACACGGGUUCGUAUUGGGGACAAGGCAGACUCUUCUGGAGACGAAAGACGGGGGAGCCACUUGGUUUCCGCGAUCCAUAGCUUCUGCCGAGGAAGAAGACUUCAAUUACAGGUUUAAUUCCAUUAGCUUCAAAGGAAACGAAGGCUGGAUUGUUGGUAAGCCGGCGAUUUUGUUGUACACGCCUGAUGCCGGCGAAACCUGGAAAAGGAUACCGCUGAGUGCUCAGCUCCCCGGAGACAUGGUAUACAUUAAGGCAACUGGGGAUCAAAGUGCAGAGAUGGUCACUGACGAAGGGGCUAUCUAUGUUACGUCGAAUAGGGGCUAUAACUGGAGGGCUGCAGUUCAGGAGACUGUUUCAGCUACACUGAAUAGAACAGUUUCUAGUGGUAUUAGUGGUGCAAGUUAUUACACAGGAAGCUUCAAUACUGUUAACCGGUCUCCGGAUGGGAGAUAUGUUGCUGUCUCCAGCCGGGGCAACUUCUAUAUGACAUGGGAGCCUGGUCAGGCAUUCUGGCAGCCACAUAAUAGAGCAGUGGCAAGAAGGAUUCAGAACAUGGGUUGGAGAGCUGAUGGGGGUCUUUGGCUUCUCGUUCGUGGAGGAGGACUUUAUCUCAGCAAGGGAACUGGGAUAACAGAGGAUUUUGAGGAAAUCCCUGUUCAAAGUCGUGGUUUUGGCAUUCUUGAUGUUGGCUACCGCUCUCAGGUUAGUGUAUUUUCGAGAUUUUCAGGCUUUCAUGUUUCAGUAGAAGAGGCUUGGGCAGCAGGAGGCAGUGGAGUUUUGUUGAGAACCACCAAUGGAGGCAAGUCAUGGAUUCGAGACAAGGCAGCCGACAAUAUUGCUGCAAAUCUUUACUCCGUGAGAUUUAUGGAGGGAAAUCAAGGGUUCGUUCUAGGAAAUGAUGGAGUCUUGCUACGGUAUCUCGGUUAAUGUGCUCCAUGUAUUGAGGCCUUCUCCCUAAGAACAUCUCCAGCAACAGAAUACCGUAGCUGUACACAUCUCCACUGGUCGAUACAUCACUCCCCAUCCCGUACUCUGCAAGUUUCCAUAAUUCCAGAUCAAGCAGGUGGUAAACAAGUACAAGAUGAGAAAAAAGCGAAAAGAAGCAAAAGCUUUUUUACCUGGUGCACUAUAACCAACUGUUCCUCUAACACCAACUGAAGAGCUUGUUGCUGGGCUGCUGAGCGCCACUUGUGGGAGAAACUUUGCUAACCCAAAGUCACAAAUAUGUCCCACCAUAUUGACAUCCAGCAAGAUAUUGCUAGGCUUGAGAUCACAGUGAACCACAGGUACUCCACUAUCAUUAUGAAGAUAAUCCAGUGCAGUGCCAACAUCAAUCGCUAUGUUCAACCUUUGGAGGACACUUAACUCCUCCCUUCUUCCUGUUUCAUGUUCUUCAAGUAGCCCGGGAUGAAGCCAUUCCUCCAAGCUCCCAUUUACCAUGAACUCAUACACCAGGGCCUUGAAAUCAUUACCCUGGAAGUCGAUUCCUGAACACACGGUCAGUAACUUCACAAGAUUCCUGUGCCUGAUGUUCUUCAACACUUCGCAUUCUGCUACAAAGCUCUUAAAUGCUCUGGCAUGCUGCAGGUUCAGCACCUUGACGGCAACAAACAUCUUGUUGUUGUCAUCUAUGGCUAUAAGCCCCUUGUACACAGAGCCAUAGCUGCCUGCUCCGAGCAAAUUAGCAGACGAAAAUUCAUCAGUUGCUUGGAGUAGAUUAUGAUAUGUAGUCCCCAGAAGUGUGUUCCCAGUAAAGGGCGAAGCUGCUUCAGGGUCUUUGGUUUUCUUCCUCAGGAACCGAAAGUACAAGAAUGAAAGAAGUGCAAUGAGCCCUAAGAGACAACUUACAACCGAGAUUAUGAUCUUCACUAUUGUGCUGAGACCGCCUUUCCUGGAACUCUCCACGGAGCACUUUGGUAAUCCAAACUCAGGCAUUCCCCCACAGAGCUCAUUAUUCCCCAUGACCAAAGCUUUAGUUGCAUUCCUGAAAACUCCCUGCGUCGACAGAGGACCUUGGAAAUGGUUGUAGGACAAGUUGAGGGUCACCAACGAGGUGAACUCCUGGAGAAAGUCUGGUACUUCUCCUGACAAGUUGUUGCGAGAAAGGUCCAGAAUUUCCAAACCUUUGAGCUCCCUAAGAGAUGAAGGGACAGGGCCCUGAAGCAAGUUCCCCAUCAGGUUCAGGGUCUCCAAUCUCACACACUUCCCCAAAUUGGACGGGAUUGAACCUGACAGCAUGUUAUUGCUGAGAUCGAGUUCGCCCAAGUUGACCAAGUUCCCAACUUCAUCAGGAAUCCGGCCACUCAACCUGUUCCAGGAGAGGUUGAAAACCAAACCCAAGGCCGGGAGGUUGAGAAUCUCCACCGGAAUCUCACCGCUGAGUUCGUUCUCCCCGAGACUCAGCGCCGACAAAUCCUGACAUUUCCCGAAGCUCGGAGGAAUCUCGCCUUCCAGGUGAUUCCCUUCCAGCCAAACAUGGAGCAAUUUGGUCCCGUUGCCAAUAUUGGAAGGAAUUUUUCCUGUCAAGUUAUUGUUCUGAAUCUGAAGUGUCAUCAACUUGGGUAGCAUCCCCAAUUCAACAGGAAUUUCGCCGGAGAGAUUGUUGUCGUUGAAAUCCAGCUGCUCCAAGUUGAUAAACUUAUCAAGUCCCGGCGGAAUUGUUCCUGUAAUCCCCGGGGUUAGCAUUAGCGCCAGCCUGAUGAAAGUCGUUGAGUAAUUGCUUAUGCUGUGAGGCAACUUCCCGUAGAAAUUGUUCAUCCCGACGUUGACCACUUCCAGAAACGAGCUGUUUGUUAGAGAAUCAAGGAAGAGAAGAUCGUCCACGCCAUCUUUACCUCCAUGUCCUAAGCUGUUGUUCAUCAUUCCCAGGAAUUGAAUCCGGUUCAGUUUCGCCAGAGAAGGAACUCCGCCAUGGAAAUUGUUGUGACCAAGGUCGAAAAUUUGCAGGUUUGUUGCGUUGGACAACGAGUCAGGAAUUCGGCCGGUGAAAUUAUUGAGAACCAAAUUCAGAUGGAACAGAUUCGGCAGAGUAAAUCCUAAUUCUGGCGGGAGGGUUCCGGUGAGUUUAUUGUCCAUGACGCUGAUCGCCUGAAUUGAAGACGAAUUGAAGAACUGAAGCGGGAACGGACCGGAAAAUCGGUUCGCCCCGAAAGAAACGAUUCUUAGGCUUCUCGACCAGGCCAGAGACUCUGGAAUCCCACCGAAGAACUCAUUCCUAGGCGCGGAGAUCGCCUGGAGGGAAGACAAGUUGCCGAAACAGGGAGGAAAUUUUCCGGUGAGGUUAUUGAAAUGGAUUGAAAGCAGCUGGAGGUUCAUGAGAUUGCAGAGCUCGAUUGGGAUUUCUCCGGUCAAGCCGUUGUAACCGACUCGCAACAUGGUGAGAUUCGAGCAGGCGGAGAGGUUUGCAGGGAUCGUGCCGGAGAUGGAGUUUUGGGCCAGGACGAGAUCCUGGAGGCGGCGGAGGCGGCCGAUCUCCGGCGGGAUCUCGCCGGAGAUGGUGUUGUUGUUGAGGACGAGGUGGGUUAGGAAGCUCAAGUUGCCAACGUGUGGGGAGAUUGAACCGCUGAGUUGGUUUAACUCGAGGUUGAGUUGGGUCACUCUCUGCUCUGUCUCGUUGUUGCAGGUUACUCCCUGCCAUUGGCAGAAAUGGAGGGUUUGGUUCCAUGAGCUCAGAGCUCCCAGUGGGUCUAUUAGUGCUGACUUGAGUUGGAGAAGUGCUAGUCUGUCCGUUUCGUUGCCGCCGGCAGCGGUCGCCGGUUGAAUAUGGAUCUGGGAGAGUGAGAGUAGAAGAAGGAGAAGGGCAGGAAGUGGGACAGAGGAAAUGUGAACCAAGUCAAUGAACUGGAGAAAGACCGUCGGCAAUGAUUGAACUGGGAAGGACGCGGCGGGGAUGAUGAUGAUGAUGAUGGAUUAGCCCUCUGUUCUUUCUCAUUGUUGCAGAUUAGGCCCUGCCAUUGGCAGAAGUGGAGGGUUUGGUUCCAUGAGCUCAGAGCUCCCAUUGGGUCUAUCAGUGUUGAUUUGAGUUGGAGAAGUGCUCCUCCGUCGGUUUCGUUGCUGCCCGCUGUUAUAUGUCUGCGAGAGGAGGAAAUGUCAACCAAGGUGGGCAUAUUUUUGCUUCUUUUAGUUGGUGAUUACUGGUUUGCAAGUGUGUACAAGGGUUAAAGAAUCAAUCUUUCGUUUCUAGCCCUUUAUCACAACUAAGUCCUGUCUUGGGCGAAAUUAUGGUCUCGGUUAUAAUAAAGAAUCAAUCUUUUUCUGUAGUGGAAGAAAAGAAUCAAGAUUUGUUAAUCAUUAGAUUGGGGGUAAGGAAGAAAGUCAAUGGCCUAAGAGAAGUUGAAUGAGAACUGUAGGGAAAGGAAGAAAACAAGUGGGCAGAGGUUUCGGAUUUGCGCAGAUGUGAUCAUAGACAGCGAAGAAGAUAUUCGACAGCGAAAGAAAGGGGCCUGCCAAUAAGAUAAGGGUAAUGCUUCACCCACUCUGUUUCGGAAUCACUAUUGCAAGUUGGUGGCGGCGCCAUUUCUUUGACUUCUCAUUCAGUUAGGGAGAAGUUGACUUGAUACAGCAAAGGUUGGAUUCGAUGAUGCUGCCGAGAAACAAUUGUUCAGUUGCCCUCAUCAGAUUACUUGUACAAUAUCAUAUACAUUCAGAUACAUCAAAAGUAGCAACGAAAUGCUAUUGUCCUAUUAUUGUGACCACUUUUCUGGGCAUAAUUAUGUCUCUUCACUACAUUCUAGCUUUAACAAGUUUGUCCCUCACUGCUGUUAGCUUAGUUGCAGCAUCACUGAUGCUCAUUCGUUCUCUUGGCAUUUCAUUUGAACAUUCAACCCCAACUUGUAUAAUCGAAACCACUGCCUCCGUCGACACCUUCUGCGUUUCAUUCUUGCUAUGAUCGUCGCUCGAUCUACUGCUGCUGCUGUCGUCUUGUCUCUCCAGAAGCACAGUGGGAUCUACGAUCUCUGUUGCUUUAUCAGCCAAAGCUGCUGCUGAAAAGUUAUGGAGAUUCAACCCAUCUUUGAACGCUUCAUCGGUAGGCCUUCUCCCUGUGAACAUCUCCAGCAACAGAAUGCCAUAGCUGUACACAUCUCCGUGGGUAGAAACUUCACUCCCCAUUCCGUACUCUGGCGCGCUAUAGCCAACUGUUCCUCUAACACCAAUCGAAGAACUCGUCAUACUAUUUGCUGGAGUGUUGAGCUCUACUUGUGGAAGGAACUUUGCUAACCCAAAGUCUCCAAUAUGUCCCACCAUAUUGACAUCCAGCAGGAUGUUGCUAGGUUUGAGAUCACAAUGAACUACCGGUACUCCACUCUCGUUAUGAAGAUAAUCCAGUGCGGUUCCUACAUCAAUGGCUAUGUUCAACCUUUGGAGGAGACUCAACUCUACCUUUGUUUUUCCUGUUGCUUGUUCAUCAGGAAGCCUGGGAUGAAGCCAUUCCUCCAAGCUCCCGUUAACCAUGAAGUCAUACACCAGGGCCUUGAAAUCAUUACCCUGGA